AUGGAUGAUGUGUUUUCGACUCCCGUGUGCAUUGUGUACGUGCAUCCGGCGGAGGAGCGUGGUAGGAAUGUGGACGAUCUGCGUGCCAAGCUAGCAUUCCGGGCCGUGCCAUCCGACAUCAAGAAUUCGGGCGACCUUGUAAACUGGCUCAAGACGGUUCUUAAAGUGGACGCGGUCCUUAGCUCCAAGGGAUGGAUGGAAAUUCCUACGCCAGAUCCUGGCGCACACCUGCCCCCAACAUUCGAGCUUCAUCUCCGCAAGAGCAUUGGAGGAGCCACUCCCUUUGCCGCUUCCUGUUGGUCCUGCUACAUAUGCAACUCUGGACCCGAGCUAUGCUACCCAGUUCAUUCCGACCAACCAGUACCCCGCCGAGAGAAUAUCCGGUUGCGUAACAAACUUCAUGAACUCGAGAGUGGCGCUUGGCAUGUCCGAGAAUCUGCUGCAAAGUAUCUGGGACUCGGCAUUUUGCAACUUGUGGAUGGAGCUGCUGUAUCUGUCGGAGAUUACGAGCAUUCAGUUCAACCGGAACGUCACCGACCAUUCUGGCUGUGCGUCAAGUUCGAGGAGAAACGGGCAACUUUGGAAGAGGCGUACCAGGACCUGAUAAAUAAGCUUGGCGUACUUCCACCACAGUACUAUGAACCCGUCCAGUGGAUAGUUGGGGUCGCAUUAGCAGGUCCGGAGAUGGCGGGGUGGGCUAUGAGACAGGGGCAGACACCAGAUGAUCUGUUUGGGCGCUUAAACAUGGGGUCACUCAGGGACAAGACAACAUGCUUACGGCUCUCCAUCAACUUCCUUCGGAUUGCCUUGACAAUUUCAAGCAUCUACUCCAAGCUGAAUUUUCUGCCGAGGCCAUUCAACGUGCUUCCUCCCGCCUUUUACGGUUCUCUCAGUCAGAUAACCAGGACUCUGCGGAUCGUCUAUCCUAAGGUGAUCAAGGAGAUUCGCCCCUGGUCGCAGCACGUUGCGGAGGGAUUCACUACGACGGCUUUUGUGACGCAAGCGUACGGGCUUGGCGCUGUGGGGCUGGUGUCAGGUGUCGUCAAAGUGAGGGCUGAACGAUACAAUGUGGUCAUUCAGUCGGUGGGAUACGAGCAGAUGAUUUCCAGCGAAGAGGACUUGUGGCCGGCCGUUCAGAGCGCGCUUCACGGCCUACAUGCGUUGCACCAGGGAGGCUUGGUUCACAGGGACAUCAGAUGGAAAAACAUCCUCAAGCUUCCUGCUAGUAAUGGGAGCUGGAUGCUUAUCGAUCUUGAGACAGUAUGGAAGACAGACUGUACGCCCAGUUGCUGGCUUCGCGCCUGGGACGACAACACAUUGGUCGAUGGCGUCUACACGCGGUCCUCCGAUCUGUAUCUUGUUGGAAGGCUUAUGGAGAGCUUUCGUGAUCUGUCACCUGAGGCCAAGGAGUUUCAGGCUAAGCUUUUACGGCACGAGUUCCUGAGUGCUCAGGAAGCGCUCCAUUACUUGUCGCGUUGA